UCCUUUUUGAUGUUUGACCUUUCAAAGUGUUUGACAACAUAUUAUUAUCGUUGUGAGAAUACGUAUAAUCGCAGACUGGCAUAUUCAUUCCUCUCGAAUAGAGGCUUUAGCGUCAUUGUAGCAAAGAAGAAGAGACGAAUUGCAUCAUUUAUAAGUGAAGAAUACAUAUUAAUAAUUAAAAUGGAUGAUGAUAACCAGUUCCAAAAACAGUUAGAAGAAUACAAUAUGGAAAACAUUCAUCGAGUAGAAAAUUUUCUUUUGACGAUAGAAAACAACAAAUUGAAGGACCGAAUAAAGUUAUUAGAAAGGAAACUUGAAAACUUAAUAAGGGAACGAAUAAAGGAAAAAGAGACUAAUGUAGAUACCUCGCAAUCAGAUAUAUCGCAAAAUAAGCGAAAAAGACAAUCAUCACCUGUAAAUGAAGAAGCAUUAGACGAAUCUGUGGACACAGAAGAUAAAGAGAAUAAACAAACAAAAGAAUCAGUAGCUGCAAGUAAAGAAUUAGAUCAGGCUGCGAACACACAAGCAAAUAAAGAGAAUGAUC